UCUAUAGAAUCCAGUGAGCUCUCAUCCUAUGAAUGAUUUAGUUGCUGCUCAUUUGUAAAAUAUCAUCAGACGUUCUCCUUACAUCAGGUAUGGGGAAACUCUGACUGAGCUGGACUGAUUACAAUGACCGAAAUGCCUCACAAGUCCAAGAACUUGAUGUCCAGGAUGAAAUUGCAAACGAAGCUGUUCGCUUUUCUACUGGCUAUAACCUUCGCGGGAGUUCUCCUGAAGUCUGACUGGCCGCAGCUCAUACACCAAAGCUUGUGUGGCUGUUUUUCUAGAGACAUUCUGCCGUUCAUCCGUCGCGUCGAGCCUUUUCUGUCUGCGAACAACAACAUCUCUGAGGAAGCCUUCGUAUGGUGGACGCGCCUACAGGAUGAAAAACGUGACUUCAGUUAUUAUAAAGCGACAAUUAACAAGCUCUUUGAGAUAUUCCCGCCUAAUCCCACCUUUGGAAAACCGAGCACAGGCAGAAUCAGAACGUGUGCCGUAGUGGGGAAUUCUGUUAAUCUGAAAGGAUCGGGCUAUGGACGUCUGAUAGAUAUGAACGAUGCCAUCAUAAGAAUGAACUAUGCUGAAAUCCGAGGUUAUGAGGCUGAUGUUGGCACUAAAACAACUCAUCAUGUCAUGUAUCCAGAGAGUGCUGUGGAUUUAGAUGAUUCCACCCAUCUUGUGCUGUUUCCCUUCAAAAUACAAGAUAUUGAAUGGCUCAUCAAGGCCCGCACAACGGGAUUCUACAGCAGCAGAUCGUACGUGCAAGUAAAACCCAAAAUCCGAGCCAACAACGACUUGGUGAUGGUGAUCAGUCCAGCCUUCAUGAGGUAUGUUCACGAAGUCUGGCUGCGCAAGAAAAAGGCGUAUCCAUCCACCGGCUUUAUGGUUCUGGUUGCUGCUCUUCACGUUUGCGAUCAGGUCAAUGUGUUUGGAUUCGGAGCAGACAGUGAUGGAAAUUGGAGCCAUUACUUUGGAGAACUGAUAAACAAAAGUUUUAAAACGGGAGUGCAUCCAGGACAAGAGGAAUAUUCUGUUAUACAGCUGCUAGCUGACAAAAACUCAAUCAAAUUCUACAAAGGAAGGAACAAUAAGCCCAACUGACGUCAUCCUGGGUUAUGCCGGGUGCCAGAGUGGAACAUUCUAUUAAAACUAGCAGAAAUGAUUAAAUAUUGUCUACAUUUCUUUUUGAGGUAAACAGUAAAACCCUUAGCUUUACAUGGUCAUGAUUUGGUUGCAUUUUCCUGGAGCAAUACACAAGAUAUGUCUUAUUGUACAAACUGGCUACGCAGUUAGUAGAGCUGUUGUCUUGCAGCAAGAAGGUUCUGGGUUCGAUUCCCGGCCCUGGUCUUUCUGCAUGGAGUUUGCAUG